AUCGCUUGCACGUCUCGCCAGGUCACGUUCGGAAGCAUUUAAAAGGCGAGACUCGAGGAGAGGUGCAAAGCCACCAUGUUCGUUUACCUUCCGUGUUUGUUUGCCUGGUGAAGCGAAUAACUUAAAAGGAAGCAGCACCUGCUUCUUGUAAGCUAUUCCUGGUAGACAGAAAACACGUGCUGGUUCAUCAACAACGCUUGCGAGGCGUCCGCUGGCCCCUGUACGGAGCAACGCUUCCCAUCUGUUGGGGGAGCGAGCGUUCAACGCAUCCCCCGUGGUUCGUUUCAAAAGCGACGGGGCCGCGGAGCAUUUCAAAACGUACGUUGUGUUUUCGGAAAGCAGUACCCCUGUAAUUCGCAUCUGAUGUGAAUAGUGCACGGACUGAACGAAGCCCCGGAAGCGAAGGUUCGGUACCCGCCUCGACGAGCCCGGAGCGAAGUCUCGUGCGGUAACGUAAACUCGCCAAGUGAUCGUCAGACUUCCUUGAACGAAGUACAUCACAAAGGUGCCUGAAACGAUGCCAGUUUAAGCAAGUGAGUACGAGAUCAUGAUUGACCCGGACUAUGAGAAGCGCCUGCUACGUCAGUACAACGGACAAUUGACGCCUACCACGAGUCCUGUGUCAGUGAGCCGCCUCUCCCCGCGCUAUGGCAGCGUGCUCCUGGGGGACCGCUUCAUCCCGAGCCGGGUGGGCUCCAACUGGCAGUUGGGGCUGGCCCGCAUUCCGGACGGAGGCCGCAGCGCCACCCCCAAGGCCAAGGACGCCACCGACGGCUCCAAGGACAGCCUGGCCUACGCCUGCCUCAUUAAGAAUGAGCUGCUCGGCGCCGGCAUCGAGGACGCCAAGGAGCCGACGGACGAGCGGCGGGCGUCCCAGGGGCAGUCUCCUCCCCGCAACCUGUUCCGGUAUGGCCCCAGCCGGGGCCCGGAGCCCUGGUCCCCCUACAGCCUGUCGCCCGUGAGCGGCAAAAGCCAGAAGCUGCUCAGCUCGCCGCGCAAGCAGGCCCGCAAGAUCUCCAAGAUCCCCUUCAAGGUGCUGGAUGCACCCGAGCUCCAGGACGACUUCUACCUCAACUUGGUGGACUGGUCCUCCACCAACGUGCUCAGCGUGGGGCUUGGGUCCUGCGUCUACCUCUGGAGCGCAUGCACCUCCCAGGUGACUCGUCUCUGCGACCUCUCGGCUGAAGGCGACUCGGUGACGUCGGUGGCUUGGGCAGAGCGAGGCCACCUGGUGGCGGUAGGCACCCACAAGGGGCUGGUGCAGGUGUGGGACGUGGGGGCCUCCAAGCAGACGAGCCUGCUCCAGGGGCACUCUGCCAGGGUCGGGGCCCUGGCCUGGAACGGGGAUGUGCUCUCGUCCGGGUCAAGGGACCGCCUCAUCCUCCAGAGGGACGCACGCACGGGUGCGGCCACGCCCGAGCGACGCCUGCAGGGCCACCGGCAGGAGGUGUGCGGCCUCAAGUGGUCGCCGGACAACCAGCACCUGGCGUCGGGUGGCAACGACAACAAGCUGCUGGUGUGGAACCUGAGCAGCAGCUCGCCCGUGCAGAGCUACACGGAGCACGUGGCGGCCGUCAAGGCCAUCGCCUGGUCCCCGCACCAGCACGGCCUGCUGGCCAGCGGAGGAGGCACGGCGGACCGCUGCAUCCGCUUCUGGAACACCCUCACGGGGCAGCCCAUGCAGUGCGUCGACACCGGCUCGCAGGUUUGCAACCUGGCGUGGUCCAAACACGCCUCGGAGCUCGUGAGCACGCACGGCUACUCCCAAAACCAGAUCCUGGUCUGGAAGUACCCGUCCCUGGCCCAGGUGGCCAAGCUCACGGGGCACUCGUACCGCGUCCUCUACCUCGCCGUGUCUCCGGACGGCGAGAGCGUCGUCACGGGGGCCGGCGACGAAACGCUUCGCUUCUGGAACGUUUUCAGCAAGGCCCGCUCCCAGCGGGAAGCCCGUUCGGCGCUCAGCCUCUUCGCCAGCAUCCGCUGAACAAGCGUCAGCGCCCGCGUUUGGCGGCGGAGUGAAGUACGGACACGGGGCUUGGGGGAUUGGAGGGCAAAGCUGUUUAUUUGCCGACACGACGACUUCUACUGCUUUUGGAAUGUGUCCCAGGUAAAAUAAAUACUUGGAAGGAGA